GGUUUCUUCCUCCAUCUUUGCAGAUGGGCAAGAUGGCGUCCUCGGAUGUGGUUACCGAGGUUGAGAUUCAGCCCGAAAUCCAGGAGGUGGAAAUCGAGGCGAUUCCCGUGGAGAUGCCCGUCGAAACAGUCGUGACGACCGUCGAAGCGGUCGAAGGUCAACCCAUGAUCGCGUUGCAGCCGCUGCCAGAGCCCGGAAGGGAAGAGAUCAUCCUGCAAACCCAGGAGGAGAUCGUCGGAAGCAUAGACGCCGAUCACGAAGCGCUCGCGGGAUACGACAACAUCCCGGUGCCGACGCCCGAAGUUCUCAUCGAGACGAGUCCCAGCACGUCGGGCAAACGCGGCAGGAAAGGCAAGCGCGGCGGCAAGGGACGCAGCUUCGGCGGCGAACUGACGUUCGAGACGGACCGCAGUACGCGCAAGUGGGAACAGAAACAGGUGCAGAUCAAGACGCUCGAAGGCGAAUUCUCGGUCACCAUGUGGGCCUCGGGCACGGAGGACGCUGCAGAGGAGUCGACACCCGAGCCGGACCCCGAUUACACAGAGUACAUGACGGGAAAGAAGAUACCGCCUGGCGGCAUCCCCGGCGUGGACCUCAGCGAUCCUAAGCAGCUGGCUGAGUUUGCAAAUUCCACGCCGGACAAUGGCAUGAAGCAGUGGUGGGAGCAAGUGCAGUGCACCAGUGUCUACUCCCCCGACAAAACAAAGGGUGGCGCCGGCCAGAGAAUGAAGCCCAGGAAACAGAGUGAUGACGUAGCAAGGACGAUAGCAUGUCCACACAAAGGCUGCACCAAGAUGUUCCGAGACAACUCUGCAAUGCGGAAGCACUUGCACACGCACGGGCCCCGGGUCCACGUGUGUGCAGAGUGUGGCAAGGCAUUCGUCGAGAGCUCCAAGCUCAAGCGACACCAACUGGUCCACACAGGAGAGAAGCCCUUUCAGUGCACAUUCGAAGGAUGUGGCAAGCGGUUCUCUUUGGACUUUAACCUGCGGACGCACGUGCGCAUACACACGGGCGACCGGCCGUACGUCUGCCCCUUCGACGGCUGCAACAAGAAGUUUGCGCAGUCCACAAACCUCAAGUCACACAUCCUCACCCACGCCAAAGCCAAUGCGACGAGCAAGCGAAGAAAAUGGAAAACUUCGAUUGAAACUGACGAUGCACAGUUGAGCGCAGACCUCGUCUUUCCUGAUGAUAUAAACGGCACGGGACAGAGGCUGUCGGAUGUUGAGUCGCAGAAGGUCACGUUCACCUUUGACCAGGAUUAAAAACAAAAAACAAAACACGUGUACACAGACAAGAGAAAACAGGAACAUCAUGUUCAUUUUUUAUUUUGUUCACUUUGUUUUUACAAGGAAGGCGGGCAGCAAAGCAGCACAGAGCCACCGUGGAUAGUGUAGUUGCAGCCGUUCCAAAUUAAAAAAAAAAAAAAAAGAAGAACCCAACUUGGUGCCGCUGCAUGUGCUCACGCCUCCUGUGAUUAUUGUCAAGUCAGAUGUUGCCAGUUGUCUUGUUCAUUUUUUUGUCAUUUGUUUUGUUCAUAUUUGAAUGGGAUUCCUUUUGACUGCUUUUGAAGUGUGUGCAAGAGUGCGAUUUGUGUGGAACGAGUGUUAGUUCACACAUUUUUGCUGGUUUCAUGGAGCAGGGUGUCAUCUUUCAUCAGUCAGCCUUUAUUUUUGUUUUGUUUUAAGCUGGUGUAUUUCCUCGUUACCUUGUUUAUGCUGCUUUACCCUGAACAGCAGCAGGUAGACAUACGUCAUUAUCUUCCAGAAUACAGUAGGAUGUAUGCUUGGGGGAAUCUGCGCCAAGCUGUUGGUAGACAUAAAAGGCUGUACUGAUUAUGUAACAUCCUGAUUAUCAUUAUUUUUUUACGUUUGCGGCUGGUGUCACGUCACUUCAAUCAUUGUGCAGCUGCUGAGUUGGCUGUUCUAGUGGUGUCGCAGUCACGUGCGUGCUGGGAACAGAUGCACGACAUGCAUGCUGCUUCAGGAGGAAGACCAUGUUUUGUGUAGCUUGAAUAAGAAUCCAGGAACGCAGAUAUUCAUUUGCAGCUUGAAUAAGUAUACGGCAAUUCUGUGGUGCCUUGUUUUCUUUCAUUCGGGCAUCAUUUUCUCGUUGAACUGGGCUUAGCGCCGCUAUUAUGUUCGGAAACACUUCAUGCGUGCACACUGAAAAAUGGUCCGACUUGUAGAAACCAUGCAAGCCAUUGCCAAGAAAACAGUGUCGGAGCUUUUCCAACAUUGGGUUGCAUCUGUUGCUGCUUUAUGUGGAUGUUGUCAGCAUCAAUGUGCAUCACAAGAAGUUUGAGCCAAGAUGUCGAUACAAGGAAAAAAACGCAAUUUAUGUCGUCAUGUGUGCAAGCUACGCUGUUUGGUCACGGCACAGCAUUCUAGCUAGCAAGAGCUGCUGGCACAGGUUUAAGAGAGCAAUUUCUUUAAUGCUCCGAGAUGUUGCUUGGGAAGUUUUAAAGUCUGCUUCGCCGCAGCACUACAUGUGAAAGACGUGGUUUCUGCGACGUGUUUGCUGCUCGCCUUUCUCUCGCGCAUUGGCAUGUGCCCGCUACGUGCACAUGUUUUUUUUUUCCAUGUGAAUAUCGAAAGUGUGCUGCUUCCUGGCGUGUGUGGGCACACGCACCAGUCGUCGUUCAUAUUUAGCACAUCUCACUGUACAUAGUACCCAUGAUCCUUGACACCAGUAGGUUGCAGUACUCCUGCCCGCUUUGCCAUUUUGCUCGCCGUCCAUUGUAGGGGACGGCGACGUUUAUUAUUUUUCUUCUCUAGGCGUAAGACAGUCGUUUGAGACACCUCUUUCCUUUGUUAUUCCUGUAGUCGAUUAUCAGACUUCCCUCAUCCCCAACCUCGUUUAUUUUGAGAAAUCAUGGCACGCACCUUACUCGACAUUGUCACCGACACCUGCAGCGACGAGGGUCGCACCGGCUGCGGUCUUUGCCAAGAGGGCUACGGCGUUCGGAUGCACGGUACAGUCAACGUUGUCGCGUCAAGGUGUAUAUUGAGCCUGCGUGUGGUUGCUCUAGAAAGCUUUGUGAAUCGAGACGUGCGUGUUGAAUCGUCCAAGAUGGCUCUCCACGCGCGGUCGGCGAGUCGGGUUUGCAUCGUCGCCGGCAUUGUCGACUUUUGUAGCAGAGAAUGAAAUAUUUUCAGACGGCUUCGUCCGCAGGAGGAGUGUGUACAGAAUCGCGAUACAAAUUCCUGAAUGGGCAUUGACGGUGUCUAUCUAUAUAGGUGGUGUAAUGCGACAUCGCUAGUUUUUUGCUGAAUACGUGUUCUUGUUUUUGCUUCUGUUUGUGCUUACAAGGGUCUUUGUUGUGCUUCGGGGGAUCUAGUACUCGAUUAUCGUAGAAGAACCUUUGGUGGUUUGUGUUUCGCAUCUGAGGCCUCAGCACUGGAAUUUCUCAACGAAAUGACCUGAAAAAUAUGUUGCCUUGCAGACGUGUAUUGCGCAAAUGUUUUGUCCACUUUAAUGACCAACUUGUACCUAGCGAGUCAAAUUGAAGUUUGUUUUCAUGAAAUGGUGCACUGUUUCUCGUGGCAUAUUUGACAAAUUGCACUGAUAUGCACUAUGACAACCUAGUGCACCGUUUCGUCCAAUCAUCACAGUGCCUGGGCACCCCGGUGCACAUCAGUGCGAUUUGUUGAAGAAGCUAGAAGACACUGUAGCCCUUGCUUAGGAUAGUUAACUUGACCGGUGUUGGCAGCUAACAAAAUUGUUGCAAUGUUACCAGAAGUGUAUGUUGAGUACGAAAUUGGGUGCACAUCGUUUCUCUAAUGUAUUUGUUAAUAAACGGCAGUCUGUCACACUUGUCUUUAUAUGUGAAGUACUAGCGUUCAAGUAAGUUUUUGACUGAAGGCCUUGCUUCGAGACUUGCUGUUAGACUUGCAGUGAACUAAUGAAUCGUACAGUGUUUCGAUUGGUUAUCCUGAAGGAAAGGUGCUAGAAAUUCUUGCAAAAUGCACCCAGGGCUGCCAUUUUGUAGCAGUGCCGUUCUUGAUGCUAAUACCCUACUGGUCAGAGUGGUGGUCCAUCGACUUUAUUAACAUGACCAGCCAUCAGCGAGUGGCGAAUGGUAAAACCAACAUGGUAUUCAGCCGAAGGAAUUGCAGCCCAGUAGGAUGCUGUCCCCUACAACUGCACAAGGCUUUCUCUUCAACAUUUGAAGCUUGACCAUAUUCAGCAAGUAGCUACUCUAUCCAGUGCACGUUUAGGCUGAGGCAGAAGAGUGUGAUUGGGGGAGGCACGCUUUGCGACAGCUGUCAUGUAAAUACAUUGUUUUGUGUUCAGUGCUGGGUCUCUCUCUCUUCUUGCCUAUGUAUUUUUCUUUUUUCACGUAGCAAAUUGUUUUUCGUCGAUGAAGUGGUGUAUAUUGCGGGAAAUUCAGAUACGACGGCCUUUGUAUUGAGCUUGAGGAAAUAAAAGAAAGUGUAUUAUUGGAUAUAUGUACAUAGCAUGCGCGUGUAGUCAUAGAAAAGCUCAUCACACACUUUUUGUUUCCCUUCGAUUUCCUUGUCUGUUUGUACUGACUGCACACUGCUCGUUAGCAGGGUGUUUUGAUGCUGUGCUAUUCUCUCGUUCGGCGCGUUCAGACACUUUCUUUGGUUUGGUGUGUGUGAAGAGGCACGUUUGUCUGUUUCUGUACAGAUUGCUUUGUGCAACAAUAAGUAAUGAGAAUAAUAAAAAGGGACUUUCUAUUGUGA